GCAACGAAGGCUUGAUGGGUGACGUAUACAGGAAAUGUAAACAGACUCGGACGCAGUGUCAAUGAGCAGAAUAUUAUUUUUGAUUUCUCAGUUAUUACAUUUGACCCGGAGAAGUUAUGCAGACGUGGAGUCUCGUGUCGGUUUGUGUGCUGCUCGGCGUCGUCGUGAGAUGGGGCGUCUCGUUAAACUCAUAUUCAGGGGCGGAGAAACCUCCCAUGUACGGGGACUAUGAAGCUCAAAGACACUGGCAAGAAGUGACCUACAACCUCCCUGUCCAGGAAUGGUACUUCAACACCACUGAGAAUGACUUGAACUACUGGGGACUUGACUACCCCCCUCUGACUGCCUACCACAGCCUGAUCUGUGCUUACAUAGCCAAGAUAAUAAACCCUGAGUGGGUGGAGCUCCACAAAUCCAGAGGAUAUGAAAGCCCAGCGCACAAGUUAUUCAUGAGAGCUACAGUCCUGGUGGCAGAUUUGUUGAUAUACAUCCCUGCUGUGGUUUUAUACUGUUUGUAUCUGACUGAUGGAUCGUCUAAGAAAAAGGUUUCCACUCUGUUCUGCUUCCUUCUGUACCCAGGGUUAAUCCUCAUUGACUACGGGCAUUUCCAGUACAAUGGAGUGAGUCUGGGUUUCGCCCUGUGGGGGGUUCUGGCUCUCGGUCUGGGCUGGGAUGCGUUUGGCUCCAUGGCCUUUUGCCUGGCUCUCAACUACAAACAGAUGGAACUGUACCACGCUCUACCCUUUUUCUGCUACCUGCUGGGGAAGUGUAUCAAACUGGGCCCGAUGGGGCGAGGGUUUUUCCUGUUGGUGAGAAUUGCUGCAACUGUGUUGGUGACUUUUGCCCUCUGCUGGUUGCCCUUCCUGUCUGACCCCAGUCAAGCCUUGCAGGUGGUCAGGAGGAUCUUUCCCGUGGCUCGUGGUCUGUUUGAGGAUAAAGUGGCCAACACAUGGUGCAGCUUGAACAUCCUGAUAAAGAUCAGAUCCAUUCUGUCCAGUGACUCCCAGAUCUACCUCAGUAUGGCCUGCACUCUCCUGGCAAUCCUACCGUCCUCUGUCAGACUCCUGAUGAAGCCCACAUUCUGGCAGUUUAAACUGGCCUUAGCUAAUUCAUCCCUGGCGUUUUUCCUCUUCUCCUAUCAAGUCCACGAGAAGUCCAUCCUCUUGGCUGCCUUGCCUGUGUGUCUCCUGCUCAGUGACCUCCCCUUGACAGUUAUUUGGUUCCUGCAGGCCUCUACAUUCAGCAUGCUGCCUCUGUUUCUGAAGGACGGUCUGCUGGUGCCCUAUGUCGUGACCUCGCUGGCCUUCCUCUUCUUCAGCAUCUAUCUGCUGUCUGCGCUGGAGCACUGCUCAGAGGAAGAGCUGCGACUGGGAGCCUAUCACAAGCUGCUUUUCUUUCUACCCAAACUGGACCUGGCCUGUAUUGUAAGAUGGAAGUUCUACAUCAGCGUCGCAGCCAUGGCUGGUCUGAGCAUCGUGAGUGUAGCGCUGGUUCCUCCACCACAUCUACCCGACUUGUUUCCUGUGUUGGUGUCUACUACUGGUUUCCUGCACUUCCUGGGAACAUUUAUAUAUUUCAACAUAGUCCAGUUCAGCGGGCCACCCAGCAGGAAGAACCAGAAGAAGAACGACUGAAUGGUGCCAAAGGUAGUGACAUACACAACAGGAGACUAAGAUAAUUUUGCGUCAGAAAAGCAGGUGUCAUGUCUUAAUGUGCAUGAAGGCUGUCCCCAGUGCAAAUAACAACUGUACAGCUACAGCAAUCAACCUAGCAAAAGAAAAGUAAUUGAAAAUCUCUUUAAAGUCCAUUUUUAAGUGAAACAUUUGAUGGUUCCAGCUUCUUCAAUACACGUUUUCUGCUUUUCCUCUACUUGCAUUACAGUAAAAUGAUUAUCUUUCAGUUUAAGACUGUUGCUGAUGAUGAUAUCACCUUGGGUGCUCUCUCUUUUUGAUGCUAAUUUGUCAGUUUGCUUAUUUUAUAGACCGAAUGUUUUUGUAAGAAGAUAAUCAAAUGAAAAUAAAUAAUAAUUAAUCGAUAAUGAAAAUAAUCGUCAGUUGUAGCCCAACACAAAUGCUGAUAAGGCAUAUUAUAUUAAGAGCUGUGACAGGAAAAGGAAGCGAUAUUUCUCCAGUUUGGACCAAACUAAUUCAUGAAAUCAUCCUCUCUGUUACGAAAACUCAUUCCAGCCUUUACUUGUACUUUUUCUUUAACAUGAUGUGACUUCAUGUGAAACAUACCUCUAUUCUCUUCAAUUCUUUUUUGCUUGGACCAAUAACACUUCACUCUUCAAACCUCUCUUGCUGGCUAAUCUCACAAGUACAACGAGGCAAGUGUUGUGCAGCCAACACAUGUGACUUAAGAUGUGUUCUGUGCCUUUAUGCUUAAGCUGCAAGAGGUGGCUACAAUAAAAGGAACACCUGUUGUAAUGUUCAGUUAAUGUACAAAGGCCAUGGAGAGGUGUUGAUUUAAUUUUGUUGUAGCUUUUAAAGCCAUAAUAGGUGAUGGUGUUAGACUUAAUGAAUUUGUUUGGUGUUCCUGUUCCUUAUUUUGUCCACCCUCAGUGUGCCUGUUCUGGGGAUUGUGAUUGAAACAAAUACCUGAUGGGACUGAACUGAGAUCUAGCAGUAAAGGUUUAUCAUUAUGUAUUCAUGUUAACUUUUUUUACAGGUUCCUACUGUAUAUUUUUUACCCAUUGCUGAAGUUAUUUUGUACAAACUUAGUUUUUGUGAAAAUAAAUACAAUUUCUCAAUGAC